UUUCGGAUUCAACCAAAACUCCCAUGGUGCUGUGCGGUGCCUGGGAUUUUUUUCAAUCAUCUGAUUUCCAAGAUGGCGGAUAGGAGGCGACGGAAGCGCGCGUCUCAGGAUAGCGAAGAAGAGGACGAGUCUGGUUCGAGUACUGAAAGCGGGGGCUUGGGUUCUGCUCCGGGAAAAGCUGGCGUGAAUGAUGUCGAAUCUGUUGCGUUACCCAGUCCCCGCAUUCGGUCGAAAAGCGAGGAGGAGUCCGAGUGUGAGAGUGAGGAUGGCAUUGGAGAGGCUGUGUUGUCAGACUACGACAGUGCAGAUCCAGAAGAAAACUGUUCUCAAUCUGAGGGUGAAGAGGAAGAUAUUGGUGGAAAGCAGUUCAGUGAUGAAGAAGGUUCCAAGCCCCAUGCUGAGGACAGAUCUUCGGAUGAUAAACCCGGUGUAGAGCUGUUGGAGCAGGUUGUAGUUGUAGACCAGGGGGAAGAUGAUGAGGGAGACCGGGGUAAAGACGUGAAGACAGAAGACAGAGGGAACCUAGCUGGCGAGAGACAGAGUGGAGAUGGGCAGGAAAGCACUGAUGACCCAGAGAAUAAGACGAGGGGAAAGGCAAGCAAGAAGCUGGAUGAUGAUGAGGAUCGCAAGAAUCCAGCCUACAUUCCUCGGAAGGGGCUUUUCUUUGAACAUGAUGUAAGAGGGCAGGCCCAUGCCGAUGACAUACGGCCAAAGACUCGGCACAGGAAGCUUUGGAAGGAUGAAGGUCGCUGGGAGCAUGAUAAGUUUCGAGAGGAUGAGCAGGCCCCUAAGUCUCGGGAGGAGCUGAUUGCUAUGUAUGGCUACGACAUUCGCAAUGCUAAUGGCCCCAGUGAUGGUCGGCUUUAUCGUGCCCGCAAGCCCAGGUACAGCACCUCUCCGAGCAGAGUGAAGCGGUGGCGGAAUGGCGAGAAGCCAAAUCGCACGUCUUGGCCCAACGGUGGAAGCAGCACGAACUCCGCAGCCAACACCUCGCACUCAUCUGCCCAGCCGACUUCAUCUGCACCCCAUCCGUCACGGUUUCACAGUGGUGGUGGAAGAACUGUUUCGCACAGCCAGUCCCGCAGCUUUCAUGGCAGUCGACCCCUCGCAGCCUCGUACCGGGAUAAUCGCGUAAAUUAUAAAGCAUGUGAGGAGAAUCACUCCCAGCAACACAAUCAAGGAGCGUUUGGCAGGGGGGGCUAUGUACAUCAUGAGAGUGAACGGGGCUCUGGACAGCCGGCUAGGAAUGCUGAGGCAGAGUGCAGUCCGUCGGUGUUGGUGGAGGAAGAACUGUACCAUGAGGAUGAGGAGCAGCCAAGGCAGCAGCCUGGCUACUAUAACAAGCAAUCUGAGAGUGCUUCUCGUGAUAGCCCUCAGCCUCGUCGGCAGGAAGAGGAGCUGUCGGAGGCCGCUCUUCCCAGAGACGCCUCUCCUGCAGCCCCUGAAAGGACAGUGGAACGGAAAUCGUACUCCCUGGCUCGCAGGACUCGCAACAAGCUUACGGAUUUAAGCAAACAGGCUUCUUUAGAUGAUCCUGCUCCUCAGGCUUCAUCUGCCCCCCAGCAAGCCCUGCCUUCUGUCAAGAGUGAAAACUGGGAACCUCCUGCAGAUUGUUCUGGUGUUCAGGGGGGGCUCUCAGGCCUUGAUCAGGACCUGGCCAGGCUCAGCCUGGCUGGACAAAACUGGGCCCAGAGCCCUCCUUCAUACUUGCGUGCAGAGAUGAGGGGUAUUCAUAAUUCCAUGCACAUGCCCGGUGGGCCUCCCCAGUUCGGCCGCUUAGAGGAAAUUGGUGUUGGCGGUGGCCGAGCGAAGCGGUAUUCCUCUCAGCGCCAAAGACCUGUCCCUGAGCCCGCGCCGAUGCACAUCGGCAUAAUGGAAGGUCACUACUAUGACCCCAUGUCUUUUCAAGGACCAAUAUACACACACAGCGAGAGCCCCACGCCUAUGCCCCCGCAGGGCAUGCUGGUCCAACCCGAGAUGCACCUCACACACCCAGCUCAUCCUGGCCAUCCAGGUCUGCACCCUCAUCAGUCUGGUGCCGCCAUCCCCAACCCUGCGAUGUAUGCGGGGCCCCCCGUCUCCAUGUCCCCUGGGCAGCCACCCCCUCAGCAGCUGAUGGCUCCUCCAUUCUAUCCACCUCCCGGAGUCAUGGCUUUUGGAAACACAAACUUUCCCUACCCUGCUGGUGCUACCCUUCCACCAAUGUACCCAAACCCUCAAGCACAGGCCCAGGUUUAUGGUGGAGUUACAUACUAUGAUACUAUGCAACAACAAGCUCAGCCCAAGCCUUCCCCUCCACGCCGCUCCUCCCAGCCAGUCACUAUCAAGCCCCCACCUCCUGAGGGAGAGAAGAAUGGAAAGGAAAAGGACAAAAGUAGUUAGUUGAAUGGAUCACUAUUUAAGGACCAGCAAAAUGUGUGGAAGAAUUUAGGGAGUGCAUGAGACACAUUUGAACUAAGGAAGUGUGUAAUAAACAGGAAUUUACUGAAACAUCCAAUGGCGCAGUACUUUUUGUUUUGUUCUGUUCUGUUCUGCCCCUGCCAUGUCUCUGAUCCAUCCGAAUGAUAUGGAUGUGUAUUGUGGUGGUGCUGUCCAGUGAUGCAGCUGAAAAGUAGUAAAAUGAUUGCACUCAAGGCCCUUUUUUGACUUACUCUCUUGUCUCGGAAAUAUUAGAAUUUAGUGUCUGACCUACAGCUUCUUUUUAAAUGGAAAUGCUGUAAUUGAAAAAAAUUAAAUCAGACUCUUGUCUGGUAGGAGGAGAGUUUCUGUGUUAAAGUUUUGCUUGAGCAUAGUGACCACCGGUCUUGUAGAUUUCUAGGUUAUGGUGGAACUGAAGAAUGUGACCUUCAUGCAGAGCAAUGGAAUGUAUAGCCAGUAUUUUUUUUUCCUAUUGAUCCUUUCAGUUGGGGUAACAAAGUGAGACCUUAGUUGACCAGUUUGAGUGGCAUGAUGCAGAAUGCUUUAUGCUGGGGUUGUUGUCAGUGAAGUCCAGCUGUAGUGUUUCAGAUUGCAUAUCAAUGAGAUUUAAGGCUGCAUCUAUUGUAAGCUAAAGGAUUUGCAAGGGAGGUACAAUUUAAUACAUAUUAAUUUAAGACCGUUUACUACCAUCUCCGAAUCAAGCUUGGGCCACUUUAAUAUAUGAAGGAAACGUUUCAUCGAAUUUGAUUUGUCUAGGAGGAUCUUUGGGUGUCAUUUCACUUGACGCAUGGGGCCAGACUCCCUUGACUGAAAGGUUUGAUUAAUUGUGCUACAGUUUCUUUCAAGUUGAAAGCAUGGAAUUUGGAUGUUCUUUUACAAUUACAUUCCAUCACAAAUUUGUACUUAUGGUUUGGGAAACGUUGCCUAUCAGUUACACUUUGUUCUCAGAUUAAACGUUAGGUUGUUGUUUCUGUCUUGCCAUGUACUGUGAGGAAAUGAAUUUGCAUUCUGUAAAUGUUUGUCCCCUCUUCCAGCCAUGCCUCCCUCUCCACUCUUCACUAGAAACCACUUUUAAAUCUGCAGAACAUUUUUUUUAAAUAUAUAUAUCUGACAGUAAUGGAUAGAACAGUUAUUGGGUAUAAAGUACUGUAGCAACGUUGAUGGUGCUUGCUAAUUGGACAAAUAUUGUUUCUGCAUAGCCAUACAAGUGUACCAUCAGCUCAUUAACGCAUUUGUGAAUAACAUGUUAAUUUUGCCUAAAACUGGCUGAUAUUUAUUCUGCAGGGAAAUAAGUUUUGUGCAUAAAUAUAUCUGUAUACAGACCUGUGGUGCAACACCAAGGAAUUAAGUUGGCUUGUAUUCUAUGGGCGCACAAUGAUAUUGAUUCACUGUGUGAGCUAGUAUGAUGAAAUUGUGCUUUUAUUUUUGUUUUCUCUGCGGAAUGCUUUCUUUUUAAUUAAAUGCAAUUAAACUUAAUUCCAGAGUGUCAGUGUUGAAAGGCCUUGAUGCAGUGAAAGAUAUUAUGGUCGGUUAAGGCAAAGUCUAUUUAAUCAUUCAAUAAUGUACAACACUUGCAUGCUUGAAUAAAUACAUAGACUUCAACUCGACUAAAACCAGUCAUUUCCUUUAAUUUUGGUGAGCAGAAGUGUGAUCUGUAAUUUUAUUACCGUUUUUGUUAAAGAGGUGAUCGUUCUAAUAAAACAGUGUACCUUCUCUGCCUUAAUUGUCUUCUUGGUUUUACGUGUAAUUUUAACUUUCUGUAGACCAGUUAACACUGUGAGGGCUUGUUUAUUAUUGGUGUGUGGAUUUGUAAAUUUAGGUUUUUGUCUGUGGCACUGGUGGAAAAUUAAAUUUGAGUGAAAAUG